AUGCCUCUGUCACUCAAGUUGAACAUUGAACAAUACUUGGAAGAUGAUAAUGAUAAUGAUAAUGAUAAUGAUUCAGACUACUUCUCUUGUCUCAGCGACUACGAGGAAAACCAUGAUGGUUGCAAUGAUAAUGAUGAAUUCGAUGAUGAUGAUGAUGAUGAGUCUGAAAAUUCCGAUUUCAGUAUGACGAGAACCACCUCCCUCGAUUCCAAUCUCUCUGAUGUCAUUGAUGAUGCUACGAAUCAUAAACCACUUUUCGCGGAAAUCAUCAAACAAGAUAAGUCCAAUCAUAACCCACUUUUUGUGGAAACCAAAGAGUCCACUUAUAAACUGCUUUUCCUGGAAACCAUCAAAGAAAAAAGGUCUUCAAGAAUCAGAUCACCAAUCGAUAUCACCUUCCCAACUAAAUUACUCAACAAAAUCAAACCAAUAAACUCUAAACCAAUGGAGCCAAAUCAUCCUGGUGAAAUUAAAGAAACAGCUUGUCAUCCAUCCUUAGUUCAACAACGACUCAGCAAGCUCAAGGAUGAUGAUACUUCGAUGGCUUCGAAGUUUAACCAUCCAAUGGCCCCAAUAAUCAAUGGUAACGACCCAUUUUUCGAAAUUAAUAAAAAGUAUAGCUACGGCCUUUACAUGAGCGAGCAAAUCCGCAAGACUUCAAAACUUCAACAAAACCCAAUGAUUUCCAGGUUCUUCCCAUUAGGAAACCAGCAGUACCUCCCUUUGAUUGGUGAGGUCAACAAUCACAAUCACAAUCACAAUCACAACCUUCCAUCCGUUGGGGAGACCAAUAAUAUCAAUCACACUAGACAUUCUUCAUUCUCAAUUUACUCAUUAUCGAGUCUUCAAGAUGAUGACAAUUCCAAUUUGGACAGUUUAUUGGGUCAUCAUCGUCGCCGUGCCUCAUUGCAUUUGUAA